ACGUCGUUUUGCUCACCUAAGGCGGAAGCGCAGACGGACUUGGUGCUAGCGGCUAAUUUUUAUCGCGUUAUGAUAGCAUGGAAAAAGUGUUUUGGUGUAAACAAGCACAACAAGUCUGUUCAGAAACCGUGUACCGCGAUAAUACGAAUCUAAAAGACGAAACUACUGUUUUUACCACGGUUGACUGCAGCGUUGUGGACAUUUGCAGCUAGCUGGUUGGCUAACGGCGUCUGGCUGAAUUGCCAACUUCACAAGUUACCAUUUGGAGAUACUUGUUUUUGUUUGGACAGCCAUAUUCAUGUGCCUCUUCUUCACAACAUGAAUCUCAAUGGAGUAAGACUGUGAAGAAGAAAAUCAGGUGGUGGGGUGGAUCAGGAGUUAUCCAGAGGCAUCUGAGGUCUGACUGCAGUCUGCCAUGUUUGUGACUGCUUACCUUGCAUUUGUGGCCUUGGCGGUCCUGUGUGUGGGUCUGGAGCUCACUGCACGGCGCCUUGCUUCACCACAAGCCACUCAAGCGACAGUUGCCAACCCAGCUUUCCGCCGGUUCCAGAGGCUCUUUCUGAAAACCUACCUGCUGGCUCUGUGGGCCGACUGGCUGCAGGGGCCGUACCUUUACAAGCUCUACCGCCAUUACAGCUUCCUGGAGUCACAAAUCGCCAUACUGUAUGUGUGUGGGCUGGCCUCCUGUGUGCUGUUCGCUCCUGUGGCUGGCUGGCUACCCCAGGCUCUUGGACGGAGACAGACCUGCUUGCUCUUUUGCGUAGCCUACUCUGUCUGCUGCCUCACCAAGCUGUCACGGGACUACUUUGUGCUCAUUCUGGGCCGUGUGCUUGGCGGACUCUCCACUUCCCUGCUGACCACUGCCUUUGAGGCCUGGUAUGUGCACUGCCAUGUUGAUGUGCAUGAUUUUCCCAAAGAGUGGAUUCCUGUGACAUUCAGCAAAGCUGCAGACUGGAAUCAUGGACUGGCAGUGGGUGCUGGACUAGUGGCCAAUCUGUUCGCAGAGUGGCUGGAGCUGGGACCUGUAGCCCCUUUCCUUCUUGCCAUCCCCAGCCUGGCUGCCUGUGCUUGGCUGGUGUUUUCUGAAUGGGGUGCAGAAGAUAAGCUUGAAAAGGGAGAGGGGGACAGAAAUGGCCCUCUGCUUGGCCUUCCAAACACACCUCAGGUACGUGUAUCAGCUCAGGCCCGUUUCUGGCGGAGCUGCUUGGAAGGUCUGCGAUGCCUGCUGGCGGACCGCCGCGUCAUGCUUCUGGGUGGGGUGCAGGCACUCUUCGAGAGUGUCCUCUAUAUCUUCGUUUUUCUGUGGACCCCAGUGCUGGACCCUCACGGGCCUCCAUUAGGCAUUGUGUUCUCCUGCCUCAUGGCGGCCAGCAUGGCGGGCUCCAUGCUCUUCCGUCUAGCUACGUCAGCCCGUUAUCGGCUGCAGCCUGGCCACCUGCUGUGCUUGGCUGUGCUGCUGGCCUUCUUCUCCUUCUUCAUGCUGACCUUUUCUACAGUGCCAGGCCAGCCCAGGCCUAAGGAGUCCCUCUUGGCUUUCCUGCUACUGGAAUUGGCCUGUGGGCUCUACUUCCCUGCUGUGAGCUUCCUCCAGGGCCGUGUGAUUCCUAUGGAGCGUAGGGCCGGGGUGUUGGCCUGGUUCCGCCUGCCACUCCACCUGCUGGCCUGCUUGGGGCUGCUGGCCCUCCAUGGGGAAGUUUCAGGCACUGGAGGAGGAGAGGCAGGCAGUGGAACAAGGCACAUGUUUGCAGGGUGUGCUGCGAUGAUGCUGGCUGCAUUGCUGGCUGUGGUGAGUCUCUUCACCCUGGGGAGGAAUGACACAGACCUACGCCUCGAGGGGACCAAAGGAGAGGGGGAGAUUUAAGGAGAAGGAAGACUGUAGUUAUUAUUAUCUAAAAUGAAGUACUUUGUACAACACGACUACUUGAAGUCCAAACAAUAUUUACAAAGUGCUGGACUAGAUAGCACUUGCCAAAGCUGAUGUUACUUUUAAUUUUCAUUUGUUUGGUCACUUCAGGGAUGGCACUGGGAUCACCAUUGCCUUUCUUACGUAUUCCGAGUCCAGUUUUGUGAGAGUGAAUCAAUGACAAUGUGGAAAAUUCAACAUUUAUUGUUUAUGCCCUUUCUAUAUGGGACAACAAUAAAAUAUUAGUGCUGCACUGUUUAUUUACAGUACAAGUUGUUAUGACUCUUUUUAACUUACUCACGUUUUCUGCUCAUUAUCAUAGUAGUCUGUAGACCUUGCAGUGGAUUUGUUGGGCUUCAGAAAGUAUUCAAUUUCAGCAACUUUCCCUGCUUCUCAUUACAGUAAAUUAAAUGGUGGUGCAAGGUCAUGUGUUUUCCAACCAAACACUGAAGUUACAUUCCAUCACCAUUAGCAUAAAAUAUCUAACUUGCAUCUUCUCUAAACAAUAUUAUUUCCUUUGUUUGAUUGUCUAAAAAGUCGGAAGGAUCGAAGUCACGUGAGGUUAAAUUCAAAUUGUCUGACAUCCUUUGAUGUUUUGUACUAUUUUUAGAUGGUUAUUCUGUUUGACCAUGGUAUUCAGCAACUGUGAAAACAUGAAACCAUCUGACACAUUUUGAAUGUAAGAAAGAAGUAAUACUGAAUGUUUAACACUGGACUUAUGAGGGUUGUCAGGUAUUCCGAGCAUGUGUCCAGUUGUGGCUGUCAAGUAUUAAAUAACAUUUUGUUCAGUGAUCUUCAUAAAUUAGAUAAAAAUGAUUAAAUAUUAAAAGUGUAGCCUUUUGCCAAAAUGCCUCAGUAGCUCAUGCAU